AUGACAGACAGUAAUAAUACAUGGGAGAAUUUGCCUGAACCAUCGCCAGAAGCCGCUUUAGAAAACUUAAGGGAAGCGUACACUAAUAAAGUAUUGCCACUAGAGUUAUAUACUAAAUUCAAUGAACUUCAUGCCAGACAGCUUACUAGUGCAGAUUUUGCGACUACGCCAUUAAUUAUGGUGACGGGUCAAUAUUCAACAGGAAAGACGACAUUUAUUAACUAUUUAUUGGGCCGUAGCUAUCCUGGAGAAAGAAUUGGCCCAGAACCCACUACCGAUAAUUUCACUCUAAUCACGAAAGGCGACGAAGACCAGCUGCUGCCAGGUAGUACACUCGUGGUCGAUAAAAAAGAACGCUAUGGUGGCUUAGCUGAGUUUGGUAAUGCUUUCUUAAGAAAUUUCGUUUGCUCGAAAUGUAAUUCAAAAGUACUCGAGAAUUUAACGAUUAUAGAUACCCCAGGUAUUGUUAAUGUUGAAGACUAUAUGCACGGACGUGGAUACGAGAUGGAAAAAGUUAUUAAAUGGUUUGCUAUUAGAGCUGAUCGGAUUGUCUUCUUUUUUGAUACACACAAAUUUGAUUUUGGUGAUGAAUUCGUUAAUGUUGCACGAUCACUUGGCAGACACAUUAAAAAACUGCGCAUUGUCAUGAAUAAAGCUGAUUCAGUACAAGAGCAAGAUUUAAUUCGUGCGCAUGGUGCUCUAAUGUGGUAUUUAACUAAAAUUAUUAAGGCAUCCGAAGUACCACGCGUAUUCGUCGGCUCAUUUUGGGAAGAACCAUUGAAGAAAAAUGAAAAAAGGGAUUAUUUUGAAGCUGAAAAGCUUGAUUUAUUAGAAGACAUACGCUCUCUACCUCGUUAUGUUAUCUUACGAACUAUAAAUGAUGUCAUCGAACGCACAAGGCUUCUUAAAGUUCAUACUUACGUUCUUGCUUAUAUUCAUAAACAUUUACCGUCACGCUUAGCAAAUCGAGCCAAAAGAAAGAAUGAAUUGCUACAAAAUAUGGCACAUAUCUAUAAAAGAGUACAAGAGGUAUUCAAUUUACCUGAUGGCGAUUUUCCACCAAUUGAAGAGAUGCAAGCUAAACUAUCUAACAUUGAUGUAAACCGUAUACCCCCUUUUCGAUCAAAAUUAAUGCAUCGCUUAGACGAGUUUCUUUUUCUGGAUUUACCUGAUAUUAUAAGUCAGGUUCCCAAAGCCAGUGAGACUGUAAGUGGCGGUGCAUUCGAUGGUAAUGUAGGGCCAUUCCAUAAGACUGCGUUGAUAGAGGCUUUAGAAGGUACACGUAAAAUUCGGUUAACCCGAUGGCCAGUCGUACGAUACAAGAAAGAGUACGAUCAGGUAUUUGAGACGUUAGAUCCUAUAAACGGUAAAGUUCAUGGUGAUGUAGCACGCGAAGAAAUGAUUAAAUCAAGAUUAUCUAAUAAUCUGCUAGGCCGCAUAUUUUUGUUGGCUGACGUUGACAAGGACGGCCAGUUAGACAUAGAAGAAUUUGCUUUGUGUAUGUACUUAAUUAGAAUUAAGCUAGAAGGCAAAGAUUUACCGGAAACUUUGCCCUACGAAUUAAUACCGCCUAGUCAAAGGAGUGCUUUUAAAGAUCUAUUUGAAUAA